AUGCCAACCGCCGUUAAAUCCCACCGAAUAAUACUUUCUUGUAGCUAGCUAACCCUUUUUAUUAUAGCUCAAUGAGAACCAUUUCGGACUAAAAUAGUCGAAUUAGUUAGCUAGAUAGAAAUUGUAAUUUUAGCCAACUAGCUAGCUAGCUUGUUAACUGAAAUAAUAUUCUACAAAAUGCAUUUAAUCUUUGUUUUAAACUGACUGAUGUAGCGUAGUUAAUUUACGUUGGUGGCAGGCAAACUUGUUUUCUUCAGCUCAAGCCGAGGGAAGCUAACGUUAGCAAGCUACAAUGACAUUUCUGUGAAUUCAUGGGGGUGGACACACAAUUAAAUACGUCAUUGGCUAACGGCCCCGAUUUCCAUCAAAACACCCAUGGCAAAGUGGUUAAAGGACUACCUGAACUUCGGCAGCCGUCGUGAUGGCCCCCAGCUUCCGCGUCCUGACUACACAGAGAGUGCGAUCCUGAGGGCCUACAGAGCCCAGAAAGACCUGGACUUUGAAGACCCCUACCAGAGCGCAGAGAAACCACAAAAUGGUGGCUGCAGGGGGACAGUAAGCCUGCAUGCAUUUCCUGCCUUCGCUUCUGUCCUUCCCAACGAUGCAGAGGUGAAGGUGGUGUCUCCCAAACACAGGCUAAUCAAGGUGGAUUCUCAGGAGUUCAGUCGCAGUAAGAUCCCCCUGAGCCCCGUCACCAUCCACCAGGAACCGGUGCUUCCCUCUGCUCCUGCAGCAGUAGGGGACUCCGACACUGUCUACUCGGACCCGUUUGAUGCCAGACCAGUUCCACGGCUUAGAGCAGAUUGGGAGCCUAACCCUAGCCCACACCUUUCCUUGGGCCUCAGCCCCAUCACCAGUCCUACCCUGGUAGCCUUCAGCCCUAACCCGAUCCUAGGGCUCAGUCUCCGUCCAGGGGACAGCAGCAGCUACAUGGAACCCUUUGAAGCCCAGAGGGUCAUCACAGAGCUCCAGCAGGGCCCAGAGCGGGGCCGACCAGGAGUGGGCAGUGGAAGGGUUGGGAUCGGAGAUCAACUCUAUGAUGACCCCUACGAUGAGAGGACUCGACAUCGCCACCGGGAAGCGCCACCGCAGCAGGGGAGAGAGUUCCUCAGGGACGAACCGAGAGAGGUCAGAGAGAGCAGGCUGCCCCAGGACGAUGAGAGACCAGCAGAGGAGUACGACCAGCCCUGGGAAUGGAAGAAGGACAACAUCUCCAAAGCUCUAGCAGUGAAGUUUGAGGGGGCGGAGUGGGAGAAGUCGUUAGGCCAGUCAGACCAGGCCAAACUACCCAGGACCAGCCCCACAGCCCCAGGGGGCGCAGCCAACCUUCGGAGGCCUGGUGACACCCCCCCUGUCCUGGGUGAGAGAGUGGACCCCUGCCUGCCCCUGGAGAGACAGGUGUGGUACCACGGUGCUGUGAGUCGUGCGGAGGCAGAGACUCUACUGAUGUUGUGCAAAGAGAGUUCCUACCUGGUGAGGAAGAGCCAGACCUGCCCAAAAGACUACUCUCUCUCCCUCAGGAGUUGUCAGGGCUUCAUGCAUAUGAAGUUCACUCGGAGUUCAGAGAGUCGUUACGUCCUGGGAGAGAACAGUCCUCCAUUCUCCUCUGUACCAGAGGUCAUCCACUACUACACCAUGCACAAACUACCUAUCAGAGGAGCUGAACACCUGUCUCUGCUCUACCCUGUCAUAGUACAGACCCUCUGACCCUUCUCCACUCAUUAUCAGCAUCCCAACUGGCACCCUAAUCCCUACGUAGUGCACUACUUUAGUGCACUCUGAUCAAAAGUAGUGCACUAUAUAGGCAAUAGAGUGGAACAUGCCUAUAUGUGAUACUAUUACAGAAGGUGCUGUCGUCUGCGGAGAUGCUAACAUGGCUGCUGUGGAACUGUGUGAUGUUUUUCUUAGAGAGUCAACAUGGUUCUGGUAGAAACCACAAUGGUUAAACUGUAUAUGGCCAAAGGCAAAUGCUGUAACAGAGCAGGUUACUGUAUGUCAAUAGUGUUAUUGAUCAUCUAUCUGUCUGGCACAUUGAUUAGCUACCUGUACCAGGGUGGGAGUUUCAUCCAAUAGUGCUAUACAGUAGAACGCUACAUCGGUAUAGUGGAAAGCUAUUAUAGAAACGUGUGCUUGAAAGCUAUUUCAGUACUUAUAUGUAUGAAUGCUGGUAUUAUACCCCGAGUGUACAAAAUAUUAGGAACACCUUCCUGAUAUUGAGUUGCACCCCCUUUUGCCCUCUGUACAGCCUCAGUUCGCCGGGGCAUGGACUACAAGGUGUUGAAAGCGCUCCACAGGGAUACUGGCCCAUGUUGACUCCAAUGCUUCCAACACUUCCCAAGUUGGAUGUCCUUUGAGUGGUGGUCCAUUAUUGAUACACACAAACUGUUGAGUGUAAAAAACCCCAGCAGUGUUGCAGUUCUUGACACACUCAAAUCGGAGUGCCUACUACCACGUCCUGUUCAAAGGCAUUUAAAUAUUUUGUCUUGCCCAUUCACCCUCUGAAUGGCACAUAUACACAAUCCAUAUCUGAAUUGUCUCAAGGCUUAAAAAAUCCUCCUUUAACCUGUCUCCUCCACUUCAUAGACACAGAUGACAUCAAUAAGGGAUCAUAGCGUUUGCCUAGUCGGAAUGUAAUGGGAAGAGCAGGUGUUCCUAAUGUUUUGUGUAGUGUGUUAAUGUGUGAAUGUUUUUUGGACUUUGAUCAUGAAAGCUAAAGAAUAAUAGGUAGGUUUGUUACUGUGGUGCUGUUUGUAAGGUUUUCUUGUGUUCUAUGAAAUUAAAGUGUGAUUUUGUUUUUAAAAAA